AUGGAGUUUCAGUGCCUUGCAUUGUUUUUUUCUCUCAUUGUGAUACUGAUGGCUGCUCAGGCUGCCUUACCUCCAGAAGUUUACUGGGAAAGGAUGCUUCCAAACACACCAAUCCCCAAAGUAAUCAGAGAAUUUCCCAAGCUAGGCCCAGUUGCUAAUCAUCAUCUUCAUGAUCACUCAAAACCAAGUUUAUAUUUCUCAGAAGAAAGAUUGAGGCGGGGCGCAAAAUUGGAUGUGCAGUUCGCUAAAAGAAAAUUUGUAACCCCGUUGUUGCCCCGCGAAAUUACACAACGCUUACCAUUCUCAUCAGAAAAGGUAAAUGAAAUAUUAGAGAUUAUGGCUGUGAAGCCAGAGUCUAAGAAUGCUGAGAAUAUGAAGAAAACUCUGAAUAUUUGUGAAGAGCCUGGAAAUAAUGGUGAAGAAAAACAGUGUGUAACUUCAGUAGAAUCCAUGGUAGACUUUGUCACUUCUAAACUUGGCAAUAAUGUCCAUGUUACUUCUACAGAAAUUGAAAGCAAGUCCCAAAAGUUCAUUGUUAAAGAUGGAGUGAAGGUUUUAGCAGAAGAAGAGAUAAUUGCAUGUCACACAAUGAGUUACCCAUAUGUUGUGUUUUACUGCCAUAAGAUAUUAAACACUACUGCACAUUUUAUGCCAUUGGAGGGAGAAGAUGGAACUAGAGUUAAAGCUGUAGCAGUGUGCCACAAAGACACAUCAGAAUGGGAUCCACACCAUAUUGCAUUCCAAGUUCUCAAAGUCAAGCCUGGGACCAGUCCUGUGUGUCAUGUCUUCCCUGACGGUGAUCUUCUUUGGUAUGCUAAAUAGGGUUAACUAAACCUAUCAUGCCAUCAAUACUAUCUUUAUAUUAAAUAAGGCAUUUCUGGAUUGUGUGAUCAUGUACUCUUUCAGCCUACAAUAUCUUUCUCUUUGUUCGGAAUUAUGUAAGAUAUCAUGAAUAAAAAAAUGAUGAU